AAGGUUUAUAGGGCAUGGGUUGGGGUUUGGGCUUUUUGGUUGGGUUAAUGGGCUAAGGUUGAAGUUGAAAUGAAGAAAUAAAGACGGCUAGGGUUUUUGCAUUAUUCGAAUCAUUGCACUUCUCUUCUUCUCAAGGCCAGACGACGACAUGGGGAGGAGACCUGCAAGGUGUUAUCGCCAAAUCAAGAACAAGCCAUACCCAAAAUCUCGAUAUUGCCGUGGUGUUCCGGAUCCUAAGAUCAGAAUUUAUGAUGUUGGGAUGAAGAAAAAAGGUGUUGACGAGUUCCCUUUCUGUGUCCAUCUUGUCAGUUGGGAGAAAGAGAAUGUCUCAAGUGAGGCGUUGGAGGCUGCUCGCAUUGCCUGCAACAAGUACAUGGCCAAAUUUGCUGGAAAGGAUGCGUUCCAUUUGAGGGUAAGGGUUCAUCCCUUCCAUGUUCUGCGGAUCAACAAGAUGCUUUCAUGUGCUGGUGCUGAUAGGCUUCAGACUGGAAUGAGGGGUGCUUUUGGGAAGCCUCAGGGAACAUGUGCAAGAGUUGACAUUGGUCAGGUCCUGCUUUCAGUUCGUUGCAAGGACAGCAACAGCCACCAUGCACAGGAGGCCCUCCGCCGUGCAAAGUUUAAGUUUCCCGGUCGUCAAAAGAUUAUUGUUAGCAGGAAGUGGGGAUUCACCAAGUACAACCGCGCUGAUUAUCUGAAGUGGAAGUCUGAGAACAGGAUUAUGCCAGAUGGUGUGAAUGCAAAGCUUCUUGGAUGCCAUGGACCUUUGGCAAAUCGUCAGCCUGGGAGAGCUUUUCUGAAAGCAUCAUCUUAGGACAUUGGAGUAUCUAGAAAAAUUUGCAGGGCUCCCCAAAAACUUCUGUUGGAACUCUUUGUUAAGCUUAUUAUUACUUUACUAUCCUUUUGUUGUGUUGUAUCAUUCCUCAAUUGAACAGAUGUUGUUGAGGUUCAAAAUACUCUGUUUAUUGAUUUGUUGUUCAAACAAUGGCACUGAGUUUGCUAUGGUCUUGAAAUUAUCAUUUCCCUUUUGUUUCUUUUUA